AAUCAGCACCUGCGAGUGGAGAAGGGAGGAGAUGCUCUCUCCCUCUCUCCCCCCCGCUUCUCCCUCCCCCCUUUCCUCCCUUUCUGUAAACCACGUUGAGUUUGUAGCGCUAAUUAAUUUUUCCAAAGUCUGGGAGGGCUUCGCUGCAAUUCGGGAUUCCGCUGCUGCUGCUGCCGCUGCUGCCGCCAUCAACGGCCCUUCUUCGCCUUCCUCCUCCUCCUCUUCUCCCUGCACCGCAGAGCCCAGUUGCGGAGGCCCCUCGGCUACAAUAAAAUGUUUGACGGCUCCUUCCUGUCUCUUAUAUCUCCCCUUCUGUUGCGGCUGCUACUGGUGCUCUGCGGACCGGGCACCCAUUCAGUCAAUGCGGACCUGGGUGUGAUGAUCAUCCCGGAGCAGGUGCCUCUUGACAAGAUCCCUUCCCUGCAGGUCAGAGGGAUCCACUCUGAGGAGCGUAGGAGGCGACGCUCUGUGCCUCUGCAGCCUGAAGAAGAGGCCGAGGUGCUGAUCGUCCGCCUCCCCGCCGGGCUGGGCUCCGACCCAGGCUCUGACAUCUACUUGAACCUUCGCCGAAAUGGGCAGUUUUUGGCACCGGGUUUCUCCGUGGAGGAAAUUGGCGUGGGCCGAAGCAGCCGCCGUGUGGACUUGGAUCGCCUCUGCUUCUACACAGGGCACGUGCUCAACCGCAGCGCAGACUCCUUCGCUUCCCUCAGUGCCUGCGGCGGGCUGGUUGGCUAUAUCCAGAUUGGAUCAGAACAGGUGCAGAUACAACCAGUGAACACUUCUGAGACCUCGUUUCAUGGGAAAGAGCACUUCAUCAGGCACAAACGGGCCAUCAGAUCAGCACAUCCCGGCAAGUCGGAGAUCCCAGUUGAGCCCUGCAGAGUUGUAGCAGAAAAGAAGAGGCAAAAAAAGGCAAAGCUCACCAAUGACUGGAGAGAGCGGAGGAAUGCUAUUCGGCUCACAAAUGAAUACACAGUGGAAACACUCGUGGUGGCGGAUGCUGAUAUGGUCCAGUACCAUGGGGCAGAUGCUGCUCAAAGAUUCAUUCUUACUGUGAUGAACAUGGUGUACAACAUGUUUCAACACCAGAGCCUUGGAGUUAAAGUCAAUAUUCGAGUGACUAAGCUUGUCCUUCUUCAAAGCCGUCCUGCCAAGCUGUCCAUUGGGCAUCACGGGGAGAGGUCCCUGGAGAGUUUUUGCCAUUGGCAAAAUGAAGAAUUUGGUGGCGCAAAAUACCUUGGAAAUAAUCAGGUGCCGGGAGCACGAGAUGACACCCCUCCAGUGGAUGCUGCUGUCUUUGUCACCAGGACAGAUUUUUGUGUCCACAAGGAUGUGCCCUGUGACACUGUGGGAAUUGCCUAUCUUGGAGGCAUCUGCAGUGCGAAGAGGAAGUGUGUUCUUGCAGAAGACAAUGGGCUGAACCUGGCAUUUACCAUUGCUCAUGAAUUGGGACACAACAUGGGGAUGAGCCAUGAUGAUGACCACUUGUCCUGUGCUGGAAGAUCUCACAUCAUGUCCGGAGAAUGGGUGAAGGGAAGGAAUCCCAGUGACCUAUCCUGGUCUUCCUGCAGUCGUGAUGACCUUGAAAAGUUUCUCAAGUCAAAAGUUAGCACCUGUUUACUGGUAACAGACCCACGGAGCCGUUAUGUUGUGCGACUUCCUUACAAACUUCCAGGAAUGCACUACAGCGCAGAUGAGCAAUGCCAGAUUCUCUUUGGAACCAAUGCAACUUUCUGCAAAAAUAUGGAGCAUUUGAUGUGUGCUGGUCUCUGGUGCCUUGUGGAAGGAGACGCAUCUUGCAAAACCAAAUUGGACCCUCCUCUGGAUGGCACAGAAUGUGGAGCAGACAAGUGGUGCCGAACUGGGGAGUGUGUCAGCAAAACUCCCAUCCCCGAACAUGUAGAUGGAGACUGGAGCAUGUGGAGCCAGUGGAGCAUGUGCAGCAGGACGUGUGGGACCGGUGCCAGAUUCAGACAACGCAAAUGUGACAAUCCACCCCCUGGACCCGGAGGCAAAAACUGCCGUGGCACGAGUGUCGAACACACAGUUUGUGAAAACUUGCCCUGCCCCAAAGGGGUGCCCACAUUCCGAGACCAGCAGUGCCAGACUCAUGAGAGGUACACCAACAAGAAGAAAAGCCUUUGGACUGCUGUCAUCAUGGAUGAUAAGCCCUGUGAACUUUAUUGCUCCCUGUUUGGAAAGGAUUCCCCUGUGUUGGUGUCUGACAGGGUAGUUGAUGGUACACCAUGCGGGCCUUACGAGACUGACCUCUGCGUUCAUGGCAAGUGCCAGAAAAUUGGCUGUGAUGGGAUCAUCGGAUCAGCUGCCAAAGAAGAUCGUUGCGGCAUCUGCAAUGGAGAUGGCAAAACCUGCAAAGUAGUGAAAGGAGACUUCAACCAUACUAAAGGGAUGGUAUCCAAUAGUCAAUGUAAGAAGGUUUCCACGUGUGUGAUGGCAAAGGCAAAGGGAGUCCCCAAGUGUUUCUCGUGUUACAUUGAAGCAGCAGUGAUCCCAGCUGGGGCUCGACGGAUCCGUGUGAUGGAGGAUAAACCUGCCCACAGUUUUCUGGCUUUGAAAGAUUCCAGUAAGAAAUCCAUUAACAGUGACUGGAAAAUCGAACUUCCUGGUGAGUUUCAGAUUGCAGGAACCACUGUUCGGUAUGUGAGAAGAGGUCUAUGGGAGAAAAUCUCAGCCAAAGGACCAACUAAAAUACCACUCCACUUGAUGGUGCUGUUAUUCCAUGACCAGAAUUAUGGGAUCCACUAUGAAUACACCAUUCCUGUGAACUACUCUGCUGAAAACAGAAGUGAGCCAGAUCAUCAUCAGGACUCCUUGUACAUAUGGACCCACAGCGGAUGGGAAGGUUGUAGUGUGCAGUGUGGAGGAGGAGAACGUAAAACCAUUGUGUCCUGUACACGGGUUGUUAACAAGACUAUGAUACUGGUGAACGACAGUGCCUGCCAGCGGGUGACCCGUCCCGAGCCUCAGGUCAGAAGAUGUAAUGUGCACCCCUGCCAGUCAAGGUGGGUGGCUGGGCAGUGGAGCUCUUGUUCUGCAACCUGUUCCAAAGGCAUCCAGAUCCGAGAAGUGGCAUGUGUCUAUCAGCUGCAGAAUGGCACCUAUGUCAACACUAGGGAUCUUUACUGCCUCGGCCCGAAGCCAACACCAAUACAAAGCUGUGAAGGUCGAGACUGCCUUUCCAUAUGGGAAGCAUCAGAGUGGUCUAAGUGCUCGUCCAACUGUGGGCAGGGGAAGAAGAAGAGAACUGUCACAUGCACCAACCCCCAAGGGAAGUGUGAUUCAGCCACUAGGCCGAGGGAUGAGGAAGAGUGUGAGGAUUACACGGGCUGUUAUGAGUGGAAAACAGGAGACUGGUCCAAGUGCUCCUCAACUUGUGGGAAAGGCCUUCAGUCCCGCGUGGUACAGUGCAUGCACAAGGUCACGGGUCGCCAUGGCAACGAAUGCCCUGUCCUCUCCAAGCCUGCAGCCUACCGACAGUGUCACCAAGAGGCCUGUAACGAGAAGAUCAAUGUGAACACAAUUACCUCACCAAGACUUGCUGCUCUGACCUACAAGUGCACAGGCGACCAGUGGAUGGUAUACUGUCGCGUGAUUCGGGAGAAAAAUCUCUGCCAGGACAUGAGGUGGUAUCAGCGCUGUUGCCAGACCUGCAGAGACUUCUAUGCAAGCAAGAUGCAACUGAAAAGUUAAUGACACCCGCCUUUUGCUCCUUUAGGGUUUUACAGCUCCUAUGUACUGCUUCAUACAAAAUGUGUCAUUAACUUAUGGAACUGCCUGCCACAAGAUAGUGGCAAUAGCCACUUAGCUUAGAUGGCUUUUUUUCUUUUUCUUUUAAAGAUUAGACAAAAUUCAUGGGGGGGGGAGG